AUGCUGAGGAGCACCCUGCUGUGCGCGGCGCUGGGGCUCCUGCGCGCCCAGGCUUUCCCCUGCCCCCCGGCCUGCAAGUGUGUGUUCCGGGACGCCGCGCAGUGCUCCGGGGGCGACGUGGCGCGCCUCGCAGAGCUCGGCCUGCCCGCCAACCUCACGCAUAUCCUGCUCUUCCGAAUGGGCCACGGCGCCUUGCAGAACCACAGCUUCAGCGGCAUGACGGUCCUGCAGCGGCUGAUGCUGUCCGACAGCCACAUUGUCUCCAUUGCCCCCGGCACCUUCCACGACCUGAUAAAACUUAAAACCCUGAGGCUGUCGCGCAACAAGAUCACGCAUCUGCCGGCCGCGCUGUUGGAUAAGAUGGUGCUCCUGGAACAGUUGUUUCUGGACCGCAACGAACUGAAGGACAUCGACCAAAACAUGUUUCAGAAACUGGUUAACCUGCAGGAGCUCUUUUUGAACCAAAACCAGCUCUCUUUCCUUCCCUCUCGCCUCUUCACAAAUCUGGGGAACCUGAAACUGUUGGAUUUGUCGGAAAACAAUCUGACCCACCUGCCCCAGGGAUUGCUCGGGGCACAGGCUAAGCUUGAGAAGCUCGUGCUCCACUCGAACCAGCUCGUCUCUCUGGAUGCGGGGCUGCUGAGUCGCCUGCGCGCCCUGAAGGAGCUGCAGCUGGACCGAAAUCACAUCCGUUCCAUCGCACCGGGAGCCUUCGACCCGCUCCGGAGCCUGAGCUACUUGACUCUCUCCAGAAACCACCUGGAGUUUCUGCCCUCCGCACUCUUUCUUUAUUCGCACAAUUUGACAUUCCUGACGCUGUUCGAGAACCCGCUGGAAGAGCUGCCGGAGGUGCUCUUCGGGGAGCUGGCCGGCCUGCGGGAGCUGUGGCUGAACCGCACCCGGCUGCGCACCCUGCCCGCCGCCGCCUUCCGCGCCCUGAGCGGCCUGCGGGAGUUUGGCCUGACCCUGAGCCCGCGUCUGAGCGCGCUCCCCGAGGACGCCUUCUGGGGCCUGGGCGCGCUCCAGGUGCUCGCCCUGCACUCCAACGGCCUGGCCGCGCUCCCCGGCGCCUUGCUGCGCGGCCUCGACGGGCUGCGCCGCGUCUCGCUGCGCCACAACCGGCUGCGGGCCCUGCCGCGCGCGCUCUUCCGCCACCUCCGCAGCCUGGAGCGGGUCGAGCUCGAGCACAACCAGCUGGAGGCCCUGCCCGGCGACGCGUUUGAGGAUCUGCCCCGGCUGGCGGAAGUCCUGCUGGGACACAAUCCUUGGCGCUGCGACUGCAGCCUGCGGCCCUUCCUGGCGUGGCUGCGGCGGCACCCGGGCCUCGUGGGCCGAGCCGAGCCCCCGCGGUGCCGCGGGCCCGGACCCCGCGCCGGCCUGCCGCUCUGGGCCUUGCCGGACGAGGACCCGCAGUGCCCGGGCACCCGCGGCCCGCCUCCCCGCCCUGCCCCAGCCCCGACCCGGGCGGCCCUGCCCGGGGCCCCCGGCCACACCGCCUGGGUGCCCGACGGCUCGGAGCCCUGGGCCCGCACGCAGCUGGUGGCCCGGGGCCAACGCCAAGACCACAGCCUGUUCUGGGGGCUUUAUUUUCUGCUUUUAGCUACCCAGGCCGUCAUAACGGGGAUCAUCGUGUUUGCUAUGAUUAAACUCGGCCGGCUGUUUCGAAGAUUAAUCAGAGAGAGCUCUUGUUUGAGUCAGUGGGAAAACCUUGCAACUAAUUAAAACGUGGCCAGAGUAUUGUCAGAGGUGGCUCUGGGGGAGAAUCCAGCCAGGCUGCAGCUGUCUUCCUCUCCCUUCUCCCUCCCCUCCCUUCUGCCCUCCUUCCCUCCCUCUCUCCCCCCAAUCCCACCUCCCAGGGUCCCUCCUCCUCCCUCCCUCUCCACAGGAGUCUUUACACUUGUAAAUUGUGUGUGUCUGCUUGGCCUUUGUGUACCCUUACACGGCGUGCCCCAGGGGCCAUGGAUUGUGUCUGGGCCAUCCUUGGGUUGCACUUUCCCCAGGGCAGAGAGGGGUCUCCUUCCGGUGGAGGAAGGGUGCAGA